AAUAAACUUCAUGGACUCAGUUUGAGUAACAGUCAGCUGCUGCCGUCGUGGUGUAAAACACAUUUUAAAUGCUUUCCUUUUGUUGAUGUAUUAUCAUUCAAGGGUGCCUUUGCAUCCAAACUACCCACAACAUCGUGAAGCCAGCAGGUAGUGUCAUCACAGGCCUGCCUUGUUCUGAAAUAUAUGCAGCACACAGCAUGGUACAGUCUGGGCUAGCUUCCAUUCCAGCACAUACUGUGAGCUGUCAAGGUCAACAUACAACAGAGAGCAUGGACCACUCAUCAACAUUUUCCACAUCAUUCAAAUCAGUGAAACACACCCGUCUUCAGGAAAGGAGAGGCUCGAAUGUAUCUCUUACACUGGAUGUGAGUGCUUUGGGUAAUAUAGAACCCAUCAAGUCUACCCCACGAGAAAUAACUCUGUUGUACCUCAAAACCACCAGUUCUGUGUUAAACAAGGAACAACUCAAAGAAGCCACGAAUAACACACAAGCACUGGAAGCUGAAUUUUCGCGAAUUCCACCCAAUUUUAUUGAUGCUGAUGAAUUGAAUAUCCCAGGACAUGCUUCUAAAAACAGAUAUAAAACAAUCUUGCCAAACCCACAGACCCGAGUCUGCCUCAAAUCAGGAAAGAACGAUAGUCACCUGAACUCCUAUAUUAAUGCUAACUACAUUCGGGGGUAUGGAGGAAAGGAGAAAGCAUACAUUGCUACCCAAGGCCCCAUGAUAAAUACAGUAAAUGACUUCUGGGAGAUGGUUUGGCAGGAGGAUUGUCCAAUUAUUGUGAUGAUUACAAAAUUAAAAGAGAAGAAUGAGAAAUGUGUUGUCUAUUGGCCAGAAAAUCAGGACACCUUUGGCAGGUUUGAAAUUAUUGUAAACAAUACAGAGGAAUGUGAUGGAUACACUAUUCGGGAUAUAAGUGUUAAGGAUGGAGAACAAUCUCGAAAUGUAAAGCACUACUGGUACUCAUCCUGGCCAGAUCACAAGACACCAGAUACAGCACAAUCACUCUUGGAUCUCAUCCAUGAAGUUGAAGAAUGUAGACAAGCUGCAGGACACAGCGGACCCAUUAUAGUUCAUUGCAGUGCAGGGAUUGGGAGGACAGGUUGUUUCAUUGCUACAAGCAUCGGGUGUCAACAGAUAAAGGAGACCAACGAAGUCGACAUUCUUGGAAUUGUAUGUCAGAUGCGGACAGACAGGGGUGGUAUGAUCCAGACAAGUGAGCAAUAUCAAUUCUUGCAUCAAACAUUAUGUCUUUAUCAAAGCAAUUUUUCGAAGAAACCUGAUUCAUCUUCAACUUCAAAGUGAAGCUCUCCUCUUUCUAUUUAAUAAGGCAAUGGUGAAUGUUUCAAAUAAACUUUAUCUAGGUAACAAAAGAAUAUAGUGUCAUGAAUGUGACAGCAAAAAAUAUACUUCAGCAAUUGCGUUACUCUAAUUUUAUGGUACAGUAGAUUUCCAUUUAUCUGUAAUGUAAGAUAUUAAAACUAUGAUCUUUGGAUGUCUGUCAGUGGCUCAGUGGCAAUUCCAAUAGCAUUUCAGAGUAAGAUUCUGAUCAUUUUUCCAAUUAGAUUUUAUAAUAUGGUAGUCUAUUUUACAACAUCCCAUUUAUGUUUUACACUAUAUUUGCUAUUUAACAAGGCACAGAGAACUCUAUGGAAACAUAAAAAGGAUGGAGAUUUAUUUCAUCCAGUUUUAUGCUCUUAAUUCUAAUCCAAAGUCUGUUAAGGUUCCAUCGAUUUGUUUUUAAAUGUAGACUUGCAACACAAAACAUUUACCAAACUAGGAAGAUUAUUGGAAUGGAAAAUGAAGUAUUCACUUUUGUAAGUUCAGCAAGAGUCUUCUGAGCACAAACCACAUCACUGCAAGUGCCACAAUCAUUAAAGUGCUAUGACAAAGUGCCUCAACCCAACUUCAUAGAAAAUCCCUUACAAAACUGCUAUACAGUAGCAGUCAUGAGCUGCUUUUUUUAAACAAGGGUGUUUAAUACAUUGAGGAGAGACUUCUAUAAGUAAAAAAUGCUUGAAUAUCAUGCAUUUUCAAUUUUGGUAAUUUAGAACAUGACAACUUUGCAAUAAUUCAAUAAUUCAUUGUCCAUUCAUUAUUACCUUUCCUCUAGUACUGUCAAGAUUUUCCCUACUCAAAAACAACAGUAUGUCCUGAAAUGUCCAUAAAUUUUGUCAGUCACUCUUAUUUUAUAAGAGAAGGAAUUGGAGAUAGUUGGAAGACCGAACAAUUAGAAAAAAAAGGAAGAAUGAGGAUCUUGGAAAUUAUAUCCUUUCUAGAGGAUUUCAAAUCCCAGAAAGUAUUAUGAAACAUCUAUUAAUGCCUGUGUCAAGAGGAUCAAGUUGCUUUGCCAACUAUUUGGACUUGUGGCAGAAUGAUUUCACCUAUUGUGGAGAUACAUUUCCUCAUAAGUCAAACAACAAAUAGCACUGAAGGAAUCUGAAAGUGCCACAUGCUGAACCCUCCUCUCCCUGAGACACAUGCAUUUUGCUUGUUGAAGGAUGAGAAUAUGAUUGUUGAUUUAGGGAGUAAUCAUAAGCCACGAAGACCUCAACCAGAUUAUUGUACUUUCCAAGCAACCAAUUCAUUCAAUUAUUCUUCCCUGAGUUGUAUUUAAGUUUUCACAUUUUAUUUGAAUCAUCAGAACCCAUUCCAGCAGAUCAGAGAUUUUCAAAUGUCAAACACCAGUUUUCUAACAAAUAAUGUGAUUACAGAUGUAUGAGGUUUCCAGUUUACUCAAAUGGACUGCUUUAGAAUACAAGUGAUAGACCAAAUCAAUCAUUACUUUUAAUGCAGUAAAGUUAUUACACCAUUAUAAUCUUACAAUAUUGUAUCGGCUAUUGUAUUUUUCUGGACUAUUUGCCAACAGAGCUCUGGAAUUGCUUGGUGAAAAAUGCACACAUCCAUCCUAUGGUCAAUUCUUUAUAUAUAUUGGCAUCAGUUGUCCCCAUGGAAAAUCUUCUCCCAGACAGCCUGACUAAGAUACAGAACUUGAUGGCCUGGGCAAAUUUGCAAUUGAAAUUCUUGUUGUACCAUCGGUCAGUGUAGCAUCUAAUAGUAGUUACCACUAUUAUUCGUAGGAAUGGACAUCCAGCUUGUUUAUCAGUAAGCAGUGUUGGCAAUUACUGCAGAAGUCUCCUUCAAUGUAAUUAAUUAUUCUUAGUUCUGCCUUCAUUUCAAGUUAAAUAUAACUGAGUUUCAUUUCAUCAUUUUAUAUAUUUUUUAAUGAAUACUAGGAUAAAUGGAAAGUUAUUGUAAAUGAUGCAUUGCAACAUCCAAAAUGGAGACCACUUUAUUUUUAUAUGUACUUUUCAUACUGCAAAUUAAAAUAUCAAUGUUUUUACAGCUUUUAAUAAAAGUCAUAAAAUUUGUUUUUU